AUGUAUGGAAUUUCAACACCAGCAUUGUCAAAUCAUCCUGGUCGAGCAGCUCUAAUAUCAGGUCCUCCACGACAAUCAAUUAGUCAAAAUAUUUCAAACAAUAAUCGAUUAAUUACAUCUAGUACAACAACUGCAUCAUCACCAUCAUUAAGUACUAUUGAACAAAGUUCACAUUAUUUAUCAUCACAUAAUCAUUCUGAACAACCAUUAAAUAGUGGUAGUGGAACAUCGACAAGUAGUCGUACGUCCAUAUCCGAUACUAAUGAAACAACGCAAAGAGAUAGUAAUAAGUCUAGUUCAAGUGUAACAGCACCUAAAAGUUUACUUGAAUGGCAUGAACAACCAGUCAAUCUUAGUGAACAACCACUUCUGCCCGAAAAAGUUCAUGUUCAAAUUCUUUCACCUAACAGCGAUCGAACAACUACACGUUUUUUUGUUGACAAUGACCUUGCCAGUCUGAUUAUGCCAAAUGGAGAAUUGAAAACGAAAGAUCUUGCAACUAAAACUGAAGCCAUAAAUAAUCAAUUGGAUGACAAUGAAAAUAAAUGA